AUGGCCAUGUGCUUUGUAAAUGAUCCGAUGUUUGAGGACGAUGUUUUACGUACGAGAUAUCGUAUGUCGAAGCGGUUGUUUCUGAAAAUCGUAGAAGAUAUCACUACAUCAUUUUCAUGGUUUCAGGAUUCAGUGAAUGUCGCGGGUAUUAGAGGGUUCUCACUAAUUCAAAAGUGCACGUGCGCGCUACGACAACUAGAGUACGACAACCUCGCCGAUCUCGCCGAUAACUAUGAUGAAGGGUUGUCGUUCUCUACUAGAACUCCACAUGACUGUCUAGACAACUUUUUUAUCGCCAUAAAGCAUCUUUAUGGUGAAGAGUAUUUGUGUUCUCUGACUACCCACGAUGUUGCGCGUUUAUAUGAGGCACAUGAAACUAAACAUCAUUUUCCUGGCAUGAUCGGUAGCAUGGACUGGUCAAACAAUGACAUCAAUGUGUUGAUGCAAUCAUCAUUGUUCAUUCCUGAAGUGAAUGGGAAGUCUCUUGAGUACGGGUUUUGUAACAUCCCAAACCUUUUUACAUUGACCGUUAACUUGUCGUUAGUGACUGUUAGUUAA